ACCAUUAGGGCCCAAGCAAGUGGCCUUAACACAGGGAUUUUCUUCCAAAAAUGCAGACCCAUUUUAAUUAAAUCUGUAAUUAACCUUUGGGGAGGGCAGGCCCCCUGGAUUUGGUUUGCUUUCAGAGACACCAGCAAGAUGAGCAUCAUGGCUAUGCUGAUGCUGCCUCUGCUCCUCCUGGGAAUCAGCGGCCUUCUCUUCAUUUAUCAAGAGGUGUCCCGGCUGUGGUCAAAGUCAGCCGUGCAGAACAAAGUGGUGGUGAUCACCGAUGCCAUCUCAGGACUGGGCAAGGAGUGUGCUCGGGUUUUCCACACUGGCGGGGCAAGGCUGGUGCUGUGUGGAAAGAACUGGGAGAGGCUAGAGGUCCUAUAUGAUGGCUUGAUCAGCGUGGCUGACCCCAGCAAGACGUUCACCCCAAAGCUGGUCCUGUUGGACUUCUCAGACAUCAGCUGUGUCCCGGAUGUGGCAAAAGAAGUCCUGGAUUGCUACGGCUGUGUGGACAUCCUCAUCAACAAUGCCAGCAUGAAGGUAACAACCAUGUGUGAUGAGGGGGUGUGGGGAGCGUCUAACUACUCGGGCUCAGAUCUGGAACUGCGAUCUGUCAUCCCGUGUCUUCCAGCCCUGCUUCCCAACAUGGUCUCCCGGAGAACAGGCCAGAUCGUGCUGGUGAACAACAUCCAAGGGAAGUUUGGAAUCCCGUUCCAUACGGCGUAUGCCGCCUCCAAGCAUGCUGCCCUGGGCUUCUUCGACUGCCUCCGAGCCGAAGUGGAAGAAUAUGAUGUUGUUGUCAGCACUGUGAUGCCAACUUUCAUCCGGUCAUACCAUGUUUAUCCAGAGCAAGGAAACUGGGAAGCCUCCAUUUGGAAAUUCUUUUUCAGGAAACUGACCUACGGCGCGCACCCCGGGGAGGUGGCAGAGGAGGUGAUGCGCACAGUGAGGCGGAAGAAGCAAGAGGUGCUCAUGGCCCACGCCGUCCCCAAGGCUGCUGUGUUCGUCCGCACCUUCUUCCCGGAGCUCUUUUUCGCCGUGGUGGCCUGUGGCGUGAAAGAGAAGCUGAACGUGCCAGUGGAGGGUUAAACGCAGGGGGCCAAGUGGGCCGCCCCGGGAGAAUAAAGGUUUUCCUGGC